CUCGAUCAAAUAAUUCAACUUUUGAUAAAAGUUUUGUAUUUUGUAUUUUCUUUAUUAUUCGGUUACGCCAUCUAGUCUUAUUACUCGCUCAACUGAAGUAAUUUUAAAUUCUCUUUUUAUCUGACAACAUUAUUUUCCUGGGCAACGGUAGGGAAGAUGAUUUAUAAACAAAAAAUGAGCUUAGAAAAUGCGAAUUACAAUCAAGUAAACUAAAUAGUUUAGUCCUAUUGUGAUUAAUUAGAAUAAACAAUACCAGGAGCAGUGAAUGUCGUUACAAUAUUGAAAAAAUGGCAUCAGUAAACGUUCGUGAUCAAAAAAUCGAACAGCAACGUCAGUUGAUGGAACUUAAAAUGAAACAGAAAAGGCAGAAUUCAGGAAUGGUUCAAGCAAACGAUUUAAGAGUAGGGUCAGCAAAACGGCCCAUAUCAGGUAGUCGUAGCCGGGAACUACAUGGCUAUGAUGGUCCGAUGCAAUUUCUCAUGUCACCUGUAAACCCAGAUCAAGUUAUACCUCUCCAAACUAACAGAAUAUCAACAUAUGACGAACUCGGAAAUCAAAUAGAAGUAUUAACUAUUGAUGAUGACAACAGUGGUGAAGAGGAAGAAGAGAGUGUGCCAGUGUGUAGUGUCGGACGGGAUGCAAGUACAGAUGAUAUAUGUGCUGAUGCUGCAGUGGCACCAAUGCAGGCCAGGAUACCAAGGAGAGACGAUUCUCCUAGUCAGACGGCUGAAAUCGAAGGAUCCGUUGAAGGCGCAGUGGAAACCUUCGUAACUACCCCAGCGAAGCACGGUACAUUGUACAAGUGUCGCAUAGCUAGGGACAGGAAAGGAAUGGACCGCGGUCUGUAUCCUACUUACUUCCUACAUUUGGAGAAAGAUUACGGGAAAAAAGUAUUUUUAUUGGCCGCUCGCAAGCGGAAGAAGUCGGCCACAUCGAACUACCUGAUAUCGACCGACCCGACGGAGCUGACCCGCCAGGCCGACAGCUUCGCCGGCAAGCUCCGCUCCAACCUGCUCGGGACCGCCUUCACCGUGUACGACAACGGGAAAGCCUGGCGGAAACACGACCACGCGAAAACGAGAUACGAACUGGCCUCUAUUAUUUACGACACCAAUGUUCUGGGAUUCAAGGGUCCGCGCAAAAUGACCGUGAUCCUACCGGGAAUGACGCCCGAUCGGCAGCGAGUGGCCAUCGUGCCGCAAGACGACAGCGAGACCCUUUUAGAACGACUCAAGAGUCAAAACUAUGACGACAUCGUGGUGCUUCACAACAAGACCCCAGUGUGGAAUGAAGAAACACAAUCGUACGUGCUCAAUUUCCAUGGAAGAGUGACGCAGGCAAGUGUAAAAAACUUUCAGAUAGUUCACGAUUCGGAUCCCGAAUACGUGGUGAUGCAGUUCGGUCGUAUAUCCGAAGAUGUCUUCACUAUGGACUUUAGGUAUCCGCUGUGCGCUCUCCAAGCCUUCGGUAUAGCUCUCAGUUCUUUUGAUAGCAAGUUGGCGUGCGAAUGAGCCUGUGUUCUAUGUUGUCUAAUUUUUAAGAAUAUGAGGGUAUCUCGAAGAUUUCUCUUAACACACAAUUGAGCACGGGAUAUAUCGUUGGAUAGUUGUGUUUUGGUACAGUACUUACGUUUUCGCAUAUUCAGGUUUUUGAUUACAUUGAUAUAAUUGACAUAAUUAGUACCAUUUAAAUUCAUAACUACUGCUCACAAUAAAAUCGUUUAGAAUGUCCCCAUAUUUUUAAUUGCAUACAGUUAAGUUAGUUCAUUAAAUUGAAAUAACUAUUUGGAUAGUCUUUUAAGAUUUGAAAAAAUGUUUUAAUUCCAACAGGCGUCGAAUGUAGCUCGAUUUGUAAAGUUAUGUAUUCAAAUUCGCAUUUAAAAUCAACAAUUUUUACAAUAAUAUUUGUACGACAGAGAAUUUCACUCUUUUAACUAACCUCUAAAUAUUGAUUACGGGAUUAAUACAAUUUUUCCGCAGUGUUAUUGUUUGACCCUUUCAUCUUAACCAUCUAUAGCUGUCUCAUUGAAAACGUUUAUAGAGUAACCAUAAACAUACAUGGGUACUUCAAAGCAGGUUUAUUAUGAUAAGGUUAUUUCUAAUAUACUAGUAUUGCUACGUUCGCCAUCUGUCGUAAUAAAAACAAUUUAAAUAUAAAAAUAAACGCACACAAUUAAUUUCGGUGCUUGUCGUGACUUAGGUUGUGUUAAUGUUUUCGCCAUUCAUCGACUUUGUAAUAAUCGAUUAUCUAUUAUCUAAGUUUAUGAACUAGGAAUUGAUUUACGAUAGUACUCUAUAAGAAAUUAUUCACCGGUCCAAGUAUUUGGACACUUCUUACGACAUUAUUAUAACUUGAGUUCAAUUUAUUCAAUACGUAAAAUACCGUAAGAAAAUGAUGUUCAAAAGAAAAAAACGCCAUACGUUAAACCUUCGUACAAAAGUACCGACUAAUAUCGACACAUUACACUAUGUACUAGUCAUUUAAUUUAGUUUAUAGUUUAUUUUUUGGAAAAGAUGGACUAAAAUCAUGGUAGAAAUAUAUUUGUGAAGAAUUCACAGGUUUUUGUUGAAGUAAAGGCUGUUUUGAUGAGUUUUAAAUUUUACAUGUAACAGGGUGAAACUUGAAUAAUCUUGUUGCACCUGAAAUAAUGUACUAAAAUUGCCAGAACAGUAUUAUCUAUUAGUUUUUAAUGGGUUUAAAUCAGGGUUCCCAAACUUAUUUUGUCUACUGCCCACUUUGAGAAUAAAUUAUUUUUAGCGCCCCCAUUUUUUCACCUACUCAAAACCCCUAUAGCGAGAGCUCAGUCGGUGUAUAAGAGUCCUCCUAGAUGAAAUAACAAGUCGCCUCCCAAGCCUCUACACAACGCCCCCAUAUUUUUCUGGGUAUCUUACCGCCCCCCUUUAAGACUGCAGCGCCCACAAGGGGCUUUAUCGCUCACUUUGAGACAGGCUGGUUUAAAUAAAUGUAUAUAAGUGAAGUGGCUAUGGGGGCGGCACGUUCCUCGUAGAUGACCGCUGGGGCCAUAAAGUUCUCGAGUGGGACCGCGCAUUGUUGGGCGUAUCGUUUUUAGCCCUCUCGCAAGGUCCAACCAUUUGUGGUCGCCGGAAUUCGCUGAACUUGGGACGCGGGCAUUAUGGCGAACCUUGGGGUCCGGUGUCCAAUAGUGGAUGCCUAAAGCUGAUGAAUGGAUUCGUACUUAUAUACUUUCUAAGAUACAAUAAUCUCAGACAUAGAUUUAUUUAAUCGAUCGAUCCUUUUAACCUGUCAAUCUCCAGGCCCUUUGCAUAUUUAUCAAUGCGCAAAUAAUAAAAAGGGAAACAAUGUCUUGCUACAUACAUUAGACACAUAUAGCAAUUAGAGCAUCUAUCUUUGGACGAACUUCACAUUAAGUCAAGAUGCAACAAACAACAAACCAAAGGAACCUUUUGUUUACGUGCCGCUGGAGUCUUUUCAAUGACACAUCUCUCUCUCUCUAUCCAUUUAUUCACAUGUAGAAAGAUAUUUUGUUAAGAUUAUUUCAAGUUUUGUAACCGAUCGAUAAAUCGUUAAAAAUUACAAUAUUCAAUUUCUCGUAACUAUCUGACCUAAUCCUCAUACCCGCGACGUUUGCCCAAGUGGCUAUUAAUCCAGAACAUACCUACGUAAUUAUAUUUACGAAUUAAUUUUAGUGUCAUUCAAAUGUAUAACGAGAUCGUAGAUAAAACCUAUCGGGGCAUUGAAACCAUUAAAUCCGAAAAAAGGCAGAUCAAGGCGACCUACAGAGAGUUUGAAUUCAUUUGAUUCAAUCGCCUCAACAAUGGGUCACAACGUCUUUGAUUACAAAAAAAUAUCACUACUAAAGUCUGCCACAAGUAUUUAUAUUGUCGACACUCUUCAGUUAUGAUGGGUAUUAAACAAGAGGCUGUUGGGCAGUGCGUUCUGUGACACGUAGAUGCUGUCCACGAUCUCAGGAAAUAAAUGUAUCCUAAUAAGAACAAAGCUUUACGCUUAUUGAGUCAUAAACUCAAAGUCAACGGCGUCAACGCCAUUUUGUGUUACCGCUUCAAAAUGGCGGGUAAAAUCUACAAUCUAUCUUUUCUUAAGUUAAUCGAUGUGAAUGCGUCAACGAGCUUUUAGUGUUUUGUGAAUUGUGAAUAAAAUAAAGUAUGUGUAAUUUAGGAUUAAGAUACGCAAGUCAAAUCACAAAAGUAAUGUGUGUAUAUCUGAUUUCGCUUCGUCGAAUUUGUAACUCUUAACGAAUGUUAGCCUUUCAUAAUUUAUUUCUAAACAUAUCUUAGAUUUGUAUUGAUAAAAUAUAACAUACCAGUCUAGGUUUCUGAUACUAAAAUAACUUUUUAGAGUGAUAAAAUAUAAUAAACUAUAUUUACUUUUGUAAUAUGUAUGUAAAAUGAAGAUGUCCGUCUUGUCUUUUUACCGCUUGGAUGAUUCCCACUGAAACUGUGGAGGGAGGUUUAAAAUCGUUUGCUGUGAUUUGAUGUAGAGCUUUUGUAUGGGCGCACGCUAGCUCUGUUUCCGGAUUUAAUAUGCCCUUAAACAUUAAAAGAGAAAGAACGAUCCGUAAAGUUUCAAACAGUGUGCUUAGUGUGAGUUUUUUUGCUUAGUGCGAGAAAUUUGAGUUAGCGUAAAAGCUAACUCAAAUUUCUAUGUACUUAGAAAUUUGAGUUAGCUUUUACGCUAUCGAAAACAUUAAAAAACUCGCACUAAGCACACUGUUUGAAACUUUACGGAUCGUUCUUACGGAGCGUUUGCCUACGUUUGUCGCUAGGCCCCCGCUAGGGGUGCUGUUACAACUGCAUACAAAUUAUAUUUAAGUUAACUUUUAAGCUAUCGAGAACGUUAAAAAACUCUCACUAAGCACAGACUGCACUGAGCUGACUGCAAGCCGCAUCCACAAGACACGACGUAUAUCUUGUUUGUGAUGAUUGUUUUAUUUCCAUGACGCAUGUGAAUGACUGAAAAUCCUUUUAUGCACUUAGAUAAUCCUAUGUUCACAACCCAUUGAUUCACUUCAAUUUAUUGUACUGUAAAUAUAACCUCACCAUAUUAUAAAUUAAUUAUGGAUUUUAGUGUAUUGUGCCUUUUAAAAUAGGUUAAAAUUAAAUGUUUGUGCCUUUUAUUUUCAUGUCUACUAUGUAUUUUGUACCUGAAGCUUUUAAUAGAUAAAACAACCUUUAGAAAAAUUGCUUUUUACACCUCGAUAAGUACUAUGUGUUUAGGUAAUUUUAAGAAAAUGUUAGGUAAUACAAACAUGUGUUAGAAUUUAUUACCUAUGUAGGAUGUUAUCGGUGUAUAGAGUAGUGUUUGUGAGUUAUCAAAAUAUGUCCAUUAAAAUAUUUAAAACAUCUAUAUAAUAUCUUCGCAAAUUGACAAAUUUUAUGUUUUGAUUGCUCCAUUUUGAAUUAUUACAUUUACCUGAGUGUAGAAUGAUCCAAUAAUAAAUAUAAUUAAUUACAAUUUUACAAUAAUGCAUCACUUAUUGAUUAAACACAUUAAAUUAUAUUCUAGAAAUACAUUUUGAGAAUGAUCGAAAUGGGAUUGCAGUAUUAUUAGAUUAAAAAUAUCAAUCAGCAAUUUCGUAUUAGCAAGUAUAUGGUGUUAUUUUUAGAUCAAUCACAUAGAGAUAUGUAAUUUACGCAUUCCAUAUUUAUUUAAUUUGUGAUACAAAAUCAUGUAUAUUGAAAAUAAAUAAUGUAUAAAAUAA